AAAUAGGCCAUGAAUUAAAAAAGAAGGGUUUUACUUAUUUUUAUAUUUCCGUGUUUUUUUCAUAAAUUGGAGCAAUCGCCUUUGCUAAUUUCAAAUUAAUAAGUUCACCUUCUAACGAAACAACCAUGGAUCUGAAAACAUUUGCGGAAGAUGAUUUUGAUCCAAAAAAGUGGAUUAAUAACGCAUGGAGCACUAGUGGAAAUCAAGAGAAAGAGGUAUUUCUUGCUAAUGCAGUGUCAAGGUUACAGCUUUACAUGAAACAGCUGACAAAUUCAUUGGAUGAGACAACUACACAGAUUGUUUCAUCGAUCCCUCGCGUGCUUCAAGAGGCGUCGUCGCUGCACCAGGAGGGUGCGCUACUGCAACAGCAAUUAGAGUCGUUACAGGAGAUGGCGCGAGGGGUGGAGCAACAAACGGGGCAUUCCAUACAGAGCUUGCAUAGAAUAGAUUAUUUGAAGACCAAGCUUGAGAACGCUGCAUCGGCAUUGCGGGAAGCGGAUAAAUGGACAGCAUUAGCGAUUGCAUUGGAAGAUAUUUUGGAAGCGGGCGUACCAACAGAACCCGAAAAGUUAGCACAGUUGGCAGAACAAGUGACAGCCAUGACGGCCAGCUUGGAGGUAUUAAGCGAUGCUCCCGAUUAUGAGAACAAGAGGGUACAAUUAGAGACAUUAUACAACAGACUGGAAGUGGCUAUAACCUCACCGCUUAUAGAAGCACUUACUCAAAUGAAUGCAUCUAAGACGUCUUCGUAUGUAUCUGUAUUCGCGGGCAUGUCUCGUCACAAGUCUGUGUUUGGUUGUUGGGCGCGAGCGGGAGCGGGUAGAGUGGCGGCCGCGUGGCGGAGAUUAGAGGCGCCCUCUACCGCUAAUCUAGUCUCACUACUCGCACCCGAUGCUUCUACACAGUUGGAUUGGCUAACGAACGUCUUGAAGUGUGACACACCGUUGGCAGAGUUACUUAAACUAUACACAGGUGUGAUGAUGUCUCUGGAACCGUCACCCACGAAGGUCGUUUCUGCCAAUCUAAAAUUAUGCUCCACGCCAGAGGAGGGUAUACUGAUGUUGACAGAUUUGAGGAGCGAUAUCGACGGACUUAUUAACUGUGUAAAGGCAGUUAUAGACGCGCCGAGGCAAAAUAAAGAGAUUAUCCCACCGGUAGUUAUCAAAGAAUUCGGUCGAGCUGCGUACGCGCCGCUCAGAGAAUCUCUACCAAAAUACACUGAACUACAGACGCAGUUAUUACUAGUAAAUUUGAAAGAUCCACAACUUGAACAGGAUGAUCUUCUAGAACGUUCUCGAGGUUUGCUCUCCAUAGCGGAACGUUGUGAAGGAUGGAUAUCUAACGCGUAUAACCGCUCCAAAAAAAUAGCUGGUGUCGCCGGGUACCCAUACUAUAUAUCAGCUGUAGAUAGUUUGAUAACUGCUGUGACGAAUCUGAUUUCGUCACACAGUCGUCACGUGGAGGCGGCAUUCUUGUCAUCUCUGAAGGAGGGAGACAGUGGCGGAGUGUUGUCUGUCUCUUUCCCCGCGUCGCUUGUACUGGAAGCGGCCGCUGCGACAUUACUAGAUACACUCGCAGAUGUUAGACAAUUAGAUGGAACGGAUGCAGAACCGAAAGAUCAGCACCCGCUAUCAGAGUUGACCGCGUUCCUGUUGGAGGCUGAUGUAAUUCAGCGUCUGCCGACAUUGAGGGCAGAGCCCUGGGGCUCUAUCGCGGCACUGAAGAGGACCAAGGAACAAUUAAGAGGUCUCGGAAAGGCUAUCCUUAGGAAUCCUAUAGACGUUCAGCUCGAUAAAAUCCCACAACUCCCAGUUUGGAAUAACAACGAUGCCCUAUCCACUGAUCUCCCAGAUUUCGCUUUGUCGCCACAGGAAUAUAUUACCGAGAUCGGCCAAUACUUGAUGACGUUACCUCAACAUUUGGAGAUGCACAUAUCCGAAAAACAAGCGCCCUGGCAGUUCCUGUCAGAGGUGUGUACGCAUACUUGUGAAUUGUACGCUGAGAAAAUUCUGAACAUCAGAAAUAUGGAUGCUUUAGGAACCAAACGAUGCCUCACAGAUAUCGUUUAUUUAUCCAGCGUUGUUGAAGAUUUAGGAAGUAAUGUUACUCCGGCACUUAAAAACUUAGAGAAAUCUCUACGAGCCGCUACACCUGGCCAGAGUGAAUGAAAUAUUCCUAUACAUAGAUUAUUAUUGGAAUCAUUCCGUAUUGCUGGUUAAUGUUUAAUUUGUUAUAGUUUUAAGGAGUUAUUAUUUAUAAAAGUUUAUUUUUUAACAAUUUGAAUAGUAUUAAAAAUAUAGAAUUCUU